AUCACGUGUACCUUACCUAAGGGUGGGGUUAGAGUUCGCGGGUAUAGCAGCUCAAUGCGCAUGCGGUCUGGACUGUUGUUGUCGGUGGCGGUAAGAUGGCGGCGCUAGGGGAUGCAUCAGCUCCGGGACUGAAUGGGUUAAUACAGCAAUUUACAGCCAUAACGGGGGCCACCGAGAGUGUGGGCCAACACAUGCUGGAAGCAUGUAACAACAACCUGGAGAUGGCAGUCACCAUGUUCCUGGACGGAGGUGGCAUAGCAGAGGAGCCCAGUACCAGCUCUGCCGGGACCUCAACCAGCAGAGCACCCCCACAUGCAGACGAUGAGGUGCGAGCGCCUAUUCCACAGAAGCAGGAUAUUUUGGUGGAACCAGAACCACUUUUUGGUGCUCCCAAACGACGGAGGCCUGCGAGAUCCAUAUUUGAUGGAUUUCGGGAUUUCCAGACGGAAACAAUUCGUCAGGAGCAGGAACUUUGGAAUGGCAGCGCAGUUGAUAAGAAGCUCAGCACUCUGGCAGACCUCUUUAGGCCACCUAUAGACCUCAUGUAUAAGGGCAGCUUUGAAACAGCAAAAGAGUGUGGUCAGAUGGAGAACAAAUGGCUGAUGAUAAACAUCCAGAACGUACAGGAUUUUGCAUGCCAGUGCUUGAAUCGGGAUGUGUGGAGUAACGAGGCUGUCAAAGCCAUCGUUCGGGAGCACUUUAUCUUCUGGCAGGUAUACCAUGACAGUGAAGAGGGACAGCGAUACAUACAGUUCUACAAACUGAAUGAAUUUCCUUAUAUCUCCAUUCUCGACCCAAGGACAGGCCAGAAGCUAGUGGAGCUGCACCAGCUGGAUGUGAAUUCUUUCUUGGAGCAGCUGACAGGCUUCCUCACUGAGCACGGCCAGCUCGAUGGACUCUCCAGCAGCCCACCCAAGAAGAGAAUGUGCUCAGAGAGUCUCAUAGAUGCCAGUGAGGACAGCCAGCUGGAAGCUGCAAUCCGCGCUUCUCUGCAGGAGACGCAUUAUGAGUCCAACGAUCCGAAGAUCGACUAUCACUCGGAGGAGGAGUCGGAGGCAGAACCAUUUUCAGACAGCGAGGGGUUAAUCUCCGUAGACGGCUCAGACGAUGACGUGGUGGCGGAACAGCCCCAGCCUCAGCCUCAGCCUCAACCUCAACCCCAACCCCAAUCACAACCCAAGCCUCAGCCUCCAACCCAGUGUCAGGACAGCCCCUCCAAAUCAAAGAAAUCUCCCCACAAGGAAUCCAGCCACAGGAAAGAGGAAAGUAAAAAGAACCAUUUGGAGUUCCCUGCAAGGACUGAGGCACCUAAAGACACUGGUGCAGGUAACAACCACCACGCAGAGCCAGCAGGGAACUCAGGGGUAUCGGAGACACAGGAGGAGGAGCCAUGCUGUCCGGAGCUGCUGGAUGACAAUGGGCCAAAGGCAAGACUGAUGCUGCGAUACCCAGAUGGACAGCGGGAGCAGAUCUCUCUGCCAACACACAGCAAGCUCCUGGCUUUGGUGAAGCACGUACAGUCCAAGGGGUACCCUAACGAACGCUUUGAACUUGUAACAAACUUCCCCCGACGAAAGCUUUCUCACUUGGACUAUGACAUUACGUUACAAGAUGCUGGUCUUUGCCCUCAAGAGACUGUCUUUGUACAGGAAAGGAAUUAAUGAAUGCUGGGGGUAGCUUCCCCAAGGCACCACAAGCAGCCAGACCUAGCAGGAAAAGGGAGACUGUACUGCUCAGCCUGUACUCUGCACUUUCUUCCCUUAACCUCCAGUUUUCUGUCCUUAAAAACAAGAAGACCCUGAAGGCAGUGGCUAGCUAGGGGGGAGGCUCAAUAUACAACUGUCUUUUGACAUAGCAAGCUCAAGUCAAUCACAAGAAUGACUAAUCAGAUUUCAACAACUUAUACAAAUCCAGGAGUCCUUGGCAUGUCUACGGACCAGGAAGAAGAGUACUUGUUAGGUUUUGUUAAGCAAUUUGUGCUUUAUUACCAAUUAGAUAGAUUGUCUAGGUAUGUGUUUGUUUUUUUUGUUUUUUUUUUCCCAGAAAGAAUAAACUGAUGGUAAAAUUUAUUAUAAUCUCAAAAUCACACAGGACAAAUCUGCUCACUUUAGAAGUGCUUAGCAGAUUACCAAAUGUUGUCAGAGAAUGAAAGCAGUGGAUCAGUGGUAUUACUGUACAGUAUACAGUCAGUGGCACCACGUUUAUGAGCAGAUCAUUGGACUUUCUGCAGUCUGGUAUAUGUAAAGGCCUCUCGUUUCUUGUCUCAUUUGAUCUUGAAUUUCGCUUUAUAACAUUGUCUGCUAUAGUAAAUAAGAUUUGUGCUUGUAAAUCAUGUUGGGUAAGGCCCAUGGAAAGUGCUGGCCGUUCAGACUUCAAGAACUGCAGAUCAAGCUAACACUAUCAAGCCAUACAGGAUUACAUACAUAAAGCCUACGUGCUGAGGUGAACAAAAGGUGAUUUUUUUCUUUUAAGAUGGUUUUGUUAAAUUAUGAUUGAAGAUAUUGUUACUGUUUUUUUUUCUAUAACUUUUACCAUCUAGCAAUACCACUUUAAAUCUCGCUGCUACAACUGCUGUCGCUACUGUUUAAAUCUACCGAUAGCAAAUGUGGCAUUUUGUUUCCGAUUCUCAUGGUUGAUUCCCCGUUUUGAUUGGCUGAAUAGAACGGCUUGCAUUAGAAAGUUUCAAGCGACACCCCAGAAAUAACUGCACACUUGCAUUUUUCUUUCUGUAAUAGUGAGUAUGCUAUAAUAAGGAUAACAAUUAUUUUUUUUCUUUGUUAAUAAAUACUGUUUUUUUGAGGUUGCAAGAAGUUCAACUUAAUCACCAAAGGGAAUUGUUAUAAAUAUAUAUAUAUAUAUAUAUAUAUAUAUAUAUAUAUAUAUAUUUUUUUUUUUUUUAAAUGUUGUUUUCUGUUUGCACUCCAUAUAUGUAACAUUUGAUGGCCUUUUACUACAGAAUGUCUCCCACCUUCAUUUGGAAACUUGUUUUUUGUUUUCAUAAUGCACCCCUGCUUAUGUUCCCAUUAUCUACAGUUUAUAGGUAUUGGGAGAGAUACCGGUCCUUCUAUCCUUUUUAUAGUUACAGAUGUGUGACAUGUUUACUUUACUAAUGAUCCAAGACAUCAUUUUUUAAUUCAACAAUAUCUAAUAAUAGGUAUUUUGCACUGAGAGACUUCUAACCUCUUCAGCCUGUAUUUGCCCUUUACUUUCUCAGUUACUUCUGCCUUUCUGUCCCAUUUUCUAAUUGGAAUUAGCAAGAGAUAGGCCUUUCAGUGCAAAAUUAUCAUUCCAUUGCCAUAUCAACAGAACAAUUGAAAGUAAGUAACAGUUGUGCACAUCUCUAUUAAUAUCUGUGCUGUUUCUAUUUGGGGACCAAGCAACAUUUACCUGGACAAGAAGGUAACAAGUGCUAUUUAACAUGAAGUGGGGAUAAACAGUUCAAUAGUGUGAUGGGCAGCCCAGUCGGCUAUGGGAAGUAAAACAUUUAAAUUGCCCCAAAAAAAUAAGCUUGUGGAUGUUUGUAGAAUGCUGUGUCACUUAUGUGAAAUGUGCAAAUAUAAUUAUUCAGCAGCGGUUUCCAGCUGGAGAAAGCUAAUUGUCUUGGACCAGUGGGGCAUUCACCCCAAUAAACAGAGCAGUAAUACUUUUUCAUUGAGACAUCGUAUCUUUGUUUGUUCAUAUUUUACCUUGUUUACCUUGCAUUUAAAGAAACAUGCCGUUCUUUAUGGCACCUUUCCUGGAGUUACAGUUCUGCUGUAACACUUUGUACCGUUAUCAGUACAGUUGCACUGUUAACAACAUGAAACGAUACACGGUCAAGGUGUCGGGACGAAUUUUCACUGUGUAAGACGGGUUCCUGAAAUGCUCUCCUGGGUCUGGCUCCUCUUUACUGCUAUUUCAAUGUGAAGUGCUAGAAAUAUUUUGUUAUUCUCCACAAAAUAAAGGAAGAGCAGAUUUUUUAAAGAUUUACCCCAACUUUGCAAAAGUCAACUUAGUCAUAUGUUUCAAAAGCUAAACUUGGACAAAUCUCCCAAGCUCCUUAUUCCAAAGUACAAUUUGCACCGUUUUUUGAGAAAUCAAAACAAAACUUAAUGUUGCUAAACUAGUAAUAAGUCAGAGGUUAAUUUAAGGACUUAAUAGCAAGCAUGUCAGUUUUGAAAAAUAAACAGUUUAAUUUUCCUUCAAUAAAAGUAGAGCAGAUUGCCCCAAGUCAUUGGUAAAGUAGACACUGGUGCACAGUAUCUGAUCCAGUUUAUUCCUACAAAUGAAAGUAUUAUCUUAACUAAAACACAUCAUGAAAUAUUGUCUAAGGCUUAUGUACAUCUGUUUUGAUUAAUUAAAUAAAGCGCUGUUGCUGCAUGAAUCUUUUCCAGACUGUUAAUAAACCAGCAACUGUCGAGAACUUGAGUUAAUCCCAAACACAGCUUUGUGAAUAGGGACCAUCGUAUCUUGACAAAAUGCUGUGAAUGAUUUAAUGUCAUAAAUACCUCACUUAAUUUCAAAGAAAAUCUCACUGGAAAAGAUGGUCCAGAGAAAGCAGAUGGCACUUGUGAUAGAAGUGUCAGACUGUGACAGUAAUCGGGGAAGCAGCUGGUGGUGUGUGCUCUGUGAUUACUUCCGUUUCCCUUCUCUUCAUACACAGUAACUAAAACCUGGGAUAGGACACCCGAGCCUAACGGGCAGCUGGGGUGGUCAUUCACACAAUACUAACAAUUACUGUAUUGAAAUGAAUGCAAUUUGAAAGCCUGCAUGUUAGCAGCUAUAGGUGCUUUUUUGUUUCAAAAUGUUGACCAAAAUAUUUUCCUGGUAAUAAACUGCUGUCUUCUGCUGCCAAUGUAAAUAGUACACAAUUAGCUCUAUCAGAAUUACGAUGAAAAAGUAGACCUACAUUCACCGUAUGUACAGUACUUGUAAGAUUCAUCACAAAUGGCUAAAUGGUGCCUCUGCUGUAUUCUCCCUUUUAAAUGUUCACCAUAGUAAAAGGAUUACAAAGUGUAAUAAAACAUAGGUAAGCACUAUAAAGAAAUACAAGGUUUAGUACAGCAUAUUAUUCAGCAUGGCAAACCAGGGAAAAAUAUGGUACAUGCAUAGUAUAAUCAUGAGAAAAGCAUGGGAAAACUGCAAAAAUACUGGUAAACUUUGAGAAGGGCCUAGCUGGUGAUAAUAAAAUAAGGAUUGUAGUUCCACCUUUGUAAAGUCUGCACCAUGAAAAGGAAAAGGUUAUAUAGCCAGUUCUUCUUGUGAAAUACAAUGCACAGUCCUUGGUACUGUAUUCCACAAAAGAAUAACAUAAUAUAUUUUACUGCCCCCAGGGAUUCAGGGGCAUCUGAGAUAGCAUUCCCUUCAGGCUAAUUUCAGUUUAAGUUGGCUCCUAUGAUGUGGGUUUGAAUGGGUUUUAAAACUGUUUUUCAAAGCUACUUCAGACAUUCGCAGAGCCUUUUGUACAAAAAGAAAGUCUCCCCUUCUCUUGCAUGUUUGUAUACAUCAUUCAUGCUGUUUGGUGUUCAUUAGGAAAAUAAAGUUACCAUUGAUGAGACUAAGAUGUUGUGUAGCAAAGGUAUGUGUAAACUAUAAUGUAUCCAUCAUUUAAGUCAAUACUGUGUAAGAGCUGUCUGAUACAAAGCCAGACUUCUUAGGUUUUAAUAUAUUUGAUUUCCAUGUAUGUUUCUUACUUGCAGUGUGAAAAUACCUUUUCCUUUCACCCUUCCUCCCUAAAAUAAGAAGUUGGAGAGUGUGCAAAACCCUCGCUUUCACUUCAGGUAUCCGCACCCUGUAUUGAGUAAAGCGGGCUGCUUAGUAAUGGCUUGAUCUGUAAGUACAAGACAGAAGAGGUUUUGGAGACAGCUUUGUGUCUGUGUAUUGGGUGUUCACAAUUGUACAACCGCUUUUAUACAAUUCGUCUUAAUAUUGUAACAUUUUAUCUGAAAAUAAAAAGUGCUUUUCCAAUUUGCCCGUCCCAUUCUUCUGUUUUAAAAGCGAGUGGGAAAUUCAAUUUUAAGUGUAAAACAAGCAAAAAGUGAGGUAUAAUAAGGCUAAAAGUUGUGUUUUAUUAAGUUUUGAAUUAGACCUCAGCCUUUUAUAAACUGCAAUAAAGUGCAUUUUGAUACAUUG